AUGCGUCCCCAAGUUUGCGGGUACUGCGGAGUUACGCUGCCCUUCCGGCAAUACCACGACCACCAGGAGCUGGCAUGUCGGAAGGCCCCUGUAAUGUGCCCGUUCAAUUGCAAUCUGGUUUCCAUACCCCGGUAAGUACUAGUCUCGUGCAAUCUCUCCUACUAUUAGGCGCAAAAAGCCCUGACCAAUAUUGUUAAUAUUAAUUAACUUACUUUAAACUUUAUAUCUCUAACCUGAAACAACGACACGAAGACAAAAGGCGUAAAGAAAAGGAAAUUCUCUCUUCCAGGGACCAAUUAAACGGGCACAUUGCCUCCGCAUGUACCCGCGCAUUCGUUACUUGUCCAUUCCCGGUGUGUAACGAUGUCUUGCGAAGAGAGGAUCUAGCGAGACAUGAGGCAGAUAACGCAGCGAGCCACUUGCAGCUGCUGCUCGCAGAAAGGAGGGCGAACCAGUUAAACGAAGUAAGUAAUAGCAAAAGAAAUAUUUGAUUGGCACAAAUUAUUUAACCGUAAUAGUUUCACACAUAGUUUUUACAACUGAGGGUGUAAAUGAACAUAGCCUGCGAGCACGCUCUCCUAUGUGGGCAAGCGAAGCGAUUUUCGCGAGAACGUGCGAGCGAGCGGCGAAGCCGCGAGGGGCAGAGGAUCGGAAAGGCAGGAGAGCUUGCUCGCGGGCUAAAAUGAACAUUUUAUACAUUACACUUCAGGUGACACCACCCAUGACGCCGGGAAGAGUGGCUACGUUCCAAUGGAAUAUCACGGGUUUCGAGGAGCAGUCAAACUCCGUGGGCCGGGCGGUGGGCAUAAAGAGCCCUUUGUUCGCAGGCCAAUUCAGGGCGAUUAUAGUGCCCAAGAUGUCCACUGCCGGGAACACGGGGUUUUUCUUUGAAAACGCAGAAACGGAUCCCGCGUUCCUCAACUUAAGGUAAAUAUUCAAUCUACUGUGACAUUUUGUACAAUUUAACAUCGAUUAUUUGAAAAAUAAGGAUAAAAAUAACUAAUUUUUUUUUCUCACCCACCAGCAUAACCCUCCGCCAAGGAAGUGACGCCUUCGCCCGCCGAUCGUCUUCACCGAGGUGGCUCCUUCAAUCCGCACCGCUAGGCUGGGAGGAUUUCCUCCCCCUUGACGAGGUCAGGAGCCGUUAUUUAGACGAGAAUGGAACCCUUACUAUUCAAAUAAGCUACCAGUUAUUUACUUGA